AGGAUUUUCAUCGUCUUGGGAAAUGACUUUAAUUUUAGAUAUAUAUUCAUACAUCGUGUGCAAGGCAAAGAAUUUCUGGCUAAACAAAAGUCAAAGCAACUUGCUUUCACAGUGUUCAAAGUCAAUCGAAUACUAUCUAACACGAAUCUGUCCAAUAGCAUUUAUGUUUAUGCAACUCAUUACUCUAAAGGCAGCUUUUACAAAUUAAUAGCAAAUCCAUGCCCAAAAAGGAAAUGUGUAAAGUAUUUUCUUAGAAGGUCCUGCCACCGACACAAGUUUGGAUCAUGUGGUAAUGUUUCUCAGUUCAGCACCACUUUUCUUCAUGGAUUAACUGGACUAAGCUGUCGCAUGUCGCGAAUCAGAAACACAUUUGAUUCUGUUACCAAGGCAGUCAGUGGCAGCCAUACUGAACUGCUUAACAAAAUAGUGCGUUUGAAACCAAAUGCACUUGUAGUGGAAAAGCCAUCUGAUUCUCAAGCUGAAAUCAAGGAAUUGAACAAAUGUGUUUCUUUGAAUACAAAUGAUGAUAACUGUGAAAAGAGUGCAGAUGUAAAACCCUUGUUGGAAAAUGGGACCUCUAGCUCUGCUUCAAAAACUAUAGCAGCCAGCACCUUUCAGAAGAAAUUGGAGAGCAGUCCAGCUUCUAAAGACACAAAAACAGAUCUUUUCCACCCUAGCUACCUUUCUACUAAUUUUGGAGAAACAUAUAAUUUUUUAUCUAAUCAUAUUAAUGGUUAUUUUACAAGGAAAACUGGAAUGGAGGAAGAAAAGAAUGAGAAACAAAAUGACAGCAAGUGUGUGCAAUCUGAAACCAGUCAUAUAGCCAGAAAUGUUGUGGAUGGGGCAGCAACAGAAACCGAGGUUCCUGAGUCUACCUCCUCUUUUGGGACUUCCAUUCCACCGAAGAAAAAAAUUGCUCAGUUUCUUUUAUAUCCGUCCAAUAGUGUUCAGGCAUUUGUUGAUAAUUAUCUUGGUACAUUUGUACCAAAAUUUCGUCACGAUACAAAAGAUAUAGCAGAAAUAAAAGACAAAUCUUCAGCAGAUGUUGAAGUUGUUUCAAAAAAAGGAGAUCUUUCAAAUGGCAAAGACCCCAAGAGUGCUGAGGAAAAAGCCAAACGACUCUCACUACAGCGGGAAAAGAUUAUUGCAAGAGUGAGUGUGGAUAACAGAACAAGAGCAUUAGUUCAAGCACUAAAGAGGACAUCAGAUAUUCAAGUCUACAUCAACAGGGUGGAAGAGCUAAGUUAUCAUCUUUUGGAGUUUUCUGAAACUAGAGGUGUAGCAGUAAAGGAGAAAAUAAUACCGUGCUUGCUACGUCUGAGACAAAAUACAGAUGAAAGUCUUCAAGCUGCAGUCAGAGAAGCCCUUUCUUUGGUAGGAUAUGCCGACCCAGUGAAGGGCAAUGGCAUUCGAGUGCUUUCUAUUGAUGGGGGAGGAACAAGAGGUUUAGUUGCGCUGCAGACUUUGUAUAAAUUGGAGGAGCUAACAGGAAAGCCAGUUUACCAGCUGUUUGACUAUAUUUGUGGUGUUAGUACAGGAGCCAUAUUAGCUUUCAUGUUGGGAGUGUUCCAGAUUCCACUUAAAGAAUGUGAAGAGAUGUACAGAAGACUGGGAUCAGAUGUAUUCAAACAGAAUGUUAUUGUUGGCACAAUGAAGAUGGGGUGGAGUCAUGCCUUUUAUGACAGUGAAACUUGGGAAAAUAUUCUGAAAGAGAGAUUAGGUUCAGGUCUUAUGAUAGAAACGUCCAGAAAUCCACAAUGCCCAAAGGUGGCAGCAGUAAGCACAAUUGUAAAUAGAGGGACACCUUUAAAAGCAUAUAUCUUCAGGAACUACAAUCUUCUCCCUGGCACAAAAUCACAUUAUUUAGGUGGCUGUCAGCAUAAACUUUGGCAAGCUCUAAGAGCAUCAUCUGCGGCUCCAGGCUACUUUCAAGAAUAUUCUCUAGGCAGCUAUCUUCAUCAGGAUGGAGGUUUAUUGAUCAACAAUCCUUCUGCUCUGGCUCUUCAUGAGUGUAAAUCUCUAUGGCCAGACACCCCUGUCCAGUGUCUAAUAUCUUUAGGAACUGGACGUUAUGAGUCACUAGGUCAGAACAACGUCACAUAUACAAGUCUGAAGACAAAGCUUACCAAUGUUAUCAGCAGUGCGACAGAUACUGAAGAGGUACACACAAUGCUCGAUGCUUUGCUGCUUCCAGACACCUACUUUCGCUUCAAUCCAGUGAUGAAUGAGGACAUACCACUUGAUGAAAAUCGGAAAGAAAAACUGAAUCAACUGCAAAUGGAUGGUAUUCGUUACUUGGAGAGAAAUGAAAACAAACUCAAAAAAGCAGCCAAAAUACUAAUGAAGGAAAAGACAACAUCUCAGAAAGUAACGGAUUGGAUUAAAUUAAAAGCAGCAAUGUAUGAUGGUAUUGCACCUUUUUCAAAAUUAUAAGGUUUAAAACAAUAAAUAUUUGAUCUACUGUACAAUUUAAAUAAAAAUAAUUUAUCUUAUCUGUCUUGGGAAAAGUCAGAAGUAACAGCACUCAUUUGUGCUUUAGGAAAUGAAACUUGCUUUAAGGUACUUGUCAAGUAAUUUGCUUUUUGCCUUUUGGAAGAGCUAAUCACUUGAUGGUACUUGAAGGUAUAUUCUUACUAAUAGCGAAAACCCAUUACUGGUUUGACCUUGUGUGCUUUUAUUAAUGAUUACUUAUUUAAAACAAAACACUUAAACCAUUUUGGAGUGCCAGACAGAAUAUUUCACUGAUUAUUGCAUGCAGAAAUGUGAGAAACGUUAUAUUGUAAGAUAAACAUUUUUGGUGUGUCUUUUUUUGCUAAUACCGAAUAAUGAAUUACACCUCACAAGAUGCUGUUUUCCACAAGGCUUUUAAUUAUGUCAAUUAGUUCUUCACAUGUAAUGUUUUUGUUUGUUGAUUACCAAAUAAUUGCAUAGUCUGAUAUCAUGUUAAAUUUGAAGUUGAUGCAUGUGUCUCUUUAUUUAAAAAAAAGUAUGUGUAGUUCAUUGCACUGCUAUUUGAAUACAUUUUGUGGGGAAAUCUGGAAUAUUGCAGACACAAAGUGUUCCUUGCUAAUUGUUUAAAUAAUAUGUGUAACGUUUUCUGCUUAGGGUGCUUUCAUGUUUUUUUUGCUUAUCUUUUGUAUUUCCCACAUGUGAUGAAAACAGUUAGCCCAGGUGAUGGAGUAAUAGAAAUAUUUUAUUGUACCUAGGCAUCUGCCGAGCACUGGAGGGUGUGUAGAUCCCUAGCAUAUUGUACAUUACCUCGGCCCACGUAAGAGCAAAUAACCUUAAGUAAACUUUGAAUUAACUGUGCCUUCACAGCUAACUUAGUCAACUUACUAUCUUCAUAAUACCUUUAACACAUACUCCAACAUUCCUGGUAAGAUGUGCAUCAUCUCAAGGUAAACAUGAUUCUUUUUCCAGCCUAACAUCAAUCUUCUGAGUCCUUAUUUAAUUGAGAAUGCUGCUAGAGGCCACAUAUGCCAGAGUUUACAAUGGCACAAAUGUCACAACAUUGCAGUGACUCACGUCAAAAUGUGUGAGCACUUGUGGUUAAAUGUUAACUAAAAUCAAAUGAGAAAUGUACUGUAUAGUAAUGAAAUGUAAAGGUAUGCCUAAAUACCAAACUGAAAUUCUGUAGUAAUUUUGCCCAGUAUGCCCAUGUUCAAGGUUUGCAAAAAGAUUCACAGGGUGUGUCUUGUUUAGUUUAAAAGAUGGGAACCCCCAACUAAAGCCCCACUUUGCACUAACUUUUAUAACAUGCAUAAAGAGAAAGAAGCUGCAUUCAGGAUUGAAUACUGGUGCAGUGUUGUGGAGAGACAAAAAUGUUUACAAAAACUGACAUAUCUAAAGAAAACAAUAAAAUAUUAGUAAUAUUACCUUUGUGCAAGGCUCCCUUAUGAUAUUUAUAUAGAGUACUGUAAGGGGUGUCCAACUCCGGUACUGGUGGGUGCAGUGGCUACAUAUUUUCAUUCUAACCAUCUUCUUAAUUAGUAAGCCAUUUGUGCUGCUGAUUAACUUGUUUAUUUUGCCUUAGUUUUAAUUGAUGUGACUUAGACCCCUUAGUUGUUUCUUUUUCCUUAAUGAACAGCCAAACAAUAAUGAGACACAAAACAAGCUGUCACAUGACUAGUUAACCCGAAAAUAAAGACAAGGUCUCUGUCAUGUUGGUCUGCUCAGGUCACCCAAACAUCUUGACAGUGGUCUUAGAACAAACAGAAGUCAACAGUCUGCGGUGGCAGGAUGACAGCAGCAACAAGUCAUGAUAUUCAAUAACAGCUUUGAAUAACAGCAAGAAUUGAUUUCUGAUUAACAAACUGGUUGGAGUGAAAUUGGAUGGAGUUUGAUGCUCCAAUUUAGCUGGUCACCUGUUGGCUCGUUUCACAUCUCAUUUCUGUUUGGCUGGCUUUUAAUGAAGAAACAAUUCAAUUCUGAGGACUGAAUCCUUAAAAACAGACUAUUAAAAUGAAGGGAAAGGGAGUUAAUUAGCAGUGAAAACUGCUUACUGGUUAGGAAAAGGGUUAGAAUGAAAAAUUUGUUUUAAUUAGUUUAAAUUACAAUGAAUAACAGAAGCCACAGUUUAUACAUUUACUUUAAGGAAAAGAAAUGUUAAAUUAGUGAUGCACCAAAAUGAAAAUUCUUGGUCAAAGCUUGGUGAAAGUUCAGUUUCAGUAAACAUUAAGCACAAUUCCUAAACACCUUUCUUCUUUCAUUUAUUCACUUAUUAGGCCUAAAAUUAAUCCAUUUUACUUUUGAUUUAUAGCUUUCAAUGAAAGUGAAAUACAGUACUGCAAGUUGUUGAAAAAUUAUUUUAUUAUUGAAGCUAGACUUCUCAAAGAGACAUCAUUAAAAAAAAUGGAAUAAAUGAUGAAUAAAUAUAUAAAUGAAAACAUUAAUUGAUGUACUUUUUCCCUUCGUGCUGAAAUAUUUUUAAAAAAUACAACAUUUAAACCAGCUUAAAAAAUUGGUAGGUGAAAUACCAACAGCUUAACCAGCUUACUUUGGCUAGAAUGACUACACACUUGCACUUUGCUGGCUUGUAAAUUUCAAGAUCUUGCACCCAGCCAUUAAUAAAUUGGGUGCCUCCAGUGAAUUAUAACAUUUUAAACUAAGGCCCUGUCCACACAGACGUCUGAACUGAGUGUUUUUCUGCUGUCUGUAGCAUUAGAUGAGUGCGGAUAGAAUGCUGAGUGUUUUUUUGCUAAUUGCAGCCAAUCAGACCGUCCACAUGGGCUUUCAACAUUUGCGUUCGGUCAGAUGCUUGUUCGGAUAGCAUCAAAAAAACAUCACAUUUCUGCCAAAAUCCUGAUGAGUGUGAAGAAAAUAUCUGUAUUGUGUUUACAUGUCAUUCAUUUCAGUUCUGGAGGACCGGAUAUGUACCAUUAUUACAUUCAUGUAUGUGUAUAUAUAUUAUAUAUAUACACACAUUUACACAAAUUAUAAUCAAAUGAUAAUAAUGGAGAAGUCGAAACAGUUUGUAGGUGUGUGCUAAUGAUGAAACUUUAGGUGCCGAUGGGUGAGUGCAUACAUGAGUACUGUUUGUAUAUUUACUUACUUCAAGGUGACAAGAGCUGCUCUCCAGGGCUAACACUGACUAGCAUAGUAGUUGACCGGCGUGUAAUAUGGUGUCGUACCAUCUUUUCUUUUUCAUAUUUCUUCAUAGAUUACACAUACGUUGUCACAGGAUGAACUCAGUAAUGGCGGUGAUGUUUUCUCUGAAUAUGUCUCCGUAUCAUGAGGAUUUUUAACACAAGGAGGUCAAUGUUCAAGUCUUUUAAAGCCAACUGAUCCAUAUUUCGUGAAUCUAAUGAAGGAUGAAACUCGAACCUCAAAGGUUAAAAACACUCUGGACUGCCUCAUAACUGCCCUCCACAGGAAACACACAAAACUACAAUCUGAGCUGCAGGUUGGCGCCAUCGAAAACGAAUGUAACAUCAUUAAUAAAGUGAGUGAGUGAGUGAGUCUGUCUGUCUGUCUAGUGAAGUCAAAUAAGUGCCACUACAAAACGCAAUUUAAAUGACUAGGUCACGCAGAACGCAUUCAUUUAAACAAGAUCUGAAUGCCCAUGUGGACAGGGCCUUAGGCACAAUGUAUUCACUGAGUCCAAACACAUAUUAAUUCACAUUAUCAAUAUACAGUAUGUGAACUGAGUUAGCUUGUGAGGAUGACUUGUCCAUUCCUUGGCUAGAUCCAUAUUGUUUAGUAAGUUCUUGUUUAAACAGUGUUGCUUUGCAUUCUGGGGUGAUCCCUUGUUUUGGCCAUUUGCUUUUGCUUUGCUAAAAGUGUUGCAGGUUCUUGUAGUAUGUCAGUGUUCCUCCUUGUAAACAAAUAGUCAUCUAUACAUAGCAUCCAGACCUCACAAUGCAAUGCAGUCUGACAUAGUGCUCAGUCCCUAUAGAAUAGGAGGCACUGUUUGAAAACGUAAUCCAGAACUAGAACAGGUUAGCAACACAAACAUUGUCAUAUAGUGUAUUUGGCCAAAAAAAAAAAAAAAAUCAGCAUUUUAAUGAUUUAGCCAAAUACCAAAUGUGCCAUUUUUGCUGAAUAUUUUCAGUGGCUGAAAUUGGUGCAUCCCUAAUUUAGAUUGUAACUAUUUGGUUGAUUUUAUAUUUUUCAAUUGCUUGAAGUAAUUCUGGUAAUUUCCAACUUGUUCUGGUUUAACAGUAACACAAGUAAAUGGGAACAAAACAUGCCUGCUAUUAAAUACCAAGUUAGUUUUUUACUUUUAUAUGUCAUGAAAACAAACUUUUCAUUAGAAUCCAAAGCAAGAAUAAUGUUUUUAGCAUAAACAACAAUGCAUGGUUUUAUUUCAUGGAUGUGUAAUGGCACUAAUAUCUCACAUUGUGUUAAUGAAAUAUGCUAAAGUUAAAAAUUUAAUAUUUGUAUUGAACGUGUUCAAUUGGACUUUUGCAUUUUCUGAACAGAAGUCAUUAUUU